AUGGCAGAACAGAGGCAAUUCCGUUUCCGCCUUCCUUGGCUGUCCGCCGCCACGACUCCACCUCGUGUCACCACCCCACCCCGUCCUGUCCCCGAACCAGAAGCUCCACGUCCGACGCCGGUCGAGAUUCGAGCCCCACCACAACCUACUGCCACCAUUUCCACCCAACGUCCACCAUUCCGGCCAGCCGGAAUUGCUCCUCCAACAGCGGCACAAGCUCCAGCUGCACAGCGGCCUUCGCCUCCACGUCCGGUGACCACCGAAUCCCAGCCGGCAUCCCCUGUCAUGACACAGCAACGAGGUAGCUCCGUCCCGACGUCGCCUUACCGUUCAGCAGCAGCAGAAUCCAAGGUUGCCUCGCUUCCCCCCUCGCCGUCCCGUGGAGCUCCGCAGUCGAGAGCUGCAUCUGUUCCUCCGUCUCCAUCACGAACUGAGACCAGGACGCAGCUGCCAGAACCAGCUCCGGCAGCACGGACUGCUUCUCAACCGCCAAGUCCGUCUCGUCGGGUUCCUGCUACCGGAAUUCAGCCAUCAAUCACACCUCCAACAUCUGCUUCUCCCCAGAAGAAACCCCAAUUACCCAUAGCUGGUGAAGCAUCGAAGCCUCAAUCAAGGGAGGAAAUCGCUGCUCCAAAAAAAACAGAGGAUCAGGAAACAGAGCAUCAAAAGAAAGCAACUUCAGAAGCCGCCAUUAAAGGUCCAGCUCGUUUCUCCCCGUUCUCCAGAGCAUCAGAGGAACGUCAACAAGAAAUCAGAACGGAAGGACAAAAGAUGAAGGCUGCCCCUGCUGCAGAAGACAACAACCUGAGAAACAGAGUCGCCGCGUUUCUUUCCUCUGCUGCAAAUGCAACACAUUCCAGAGGUCCCGUCAACCAAGAAGAUCAGGAAGAGAAACAAGAGAUUCGAGAAAGAAAGAAACCGGCGACAGGCUUCACGCAGAGUGAAGAGAAGGUCAAAGGAGUAAGUUCUAAUCAAUCUAGGAUCAGGAAGACUGCAACCGCCAAUGGAGGAGGAGAGCAAGUUCCGCUGCACAAAGAGAUCAAGGAGGAUAUCUCGAAGCUCGUCCAGAAGCUUGGCAUGGGACACAUCAAGCAUCCAAUAGGUGGCGAACAACAACCUGUCAGCGUCGUCACUCUGUCCGGAGAAAACAGGGGAGCCACCAUGCUUUUUGGAGCUGAUCCAGAGAGGAAAGAAGGCUCCCUUCACAUUCAUCGUGGGUACAAGACGAAUCCAGACGACAGCAUAGAAUCCACCACCGAUGGCGAAGGAUUCCAGAAGAUGAAGGAUUCGAAAAACCCGGGUAUGGAAGAUGAGCAGCCAUCGCCAAUGGCAUACAUCAACAGCAACACACAGAGCAUCAACAAUUCGAUCUUGCUCGAUAGCAUGGUUAACGAAAGCAAUCCCGGAGUUCACUUUUCUCUGUCUCAUAGUGAUCAGCCAGAACUCAGCAGAUCAGCCAUUGACGAAGAGCCUCGGACACAUAGAGCAGAGUUCAAUCUUACACCAUCUGAGAAGCUUACCUACGAGCCUCGACUGAGAAGAAGGUGCUUAAGAGGAUUGUUCAUGGAAACGAGUGAUUCUGAACCAGAUAAUCCAGAUAAACCGAGGAAACAUGGCUGUCGAGCUUAUGGCUGUGGUCAAACCAGCAAAGAAAGAGACAUUGGAGUUCUCUAG